AGCGUCAAAAUAUAAAUAAAUCAUUAAACAAAUAGCAAUUGAAAAAUAGAAUAAUAAAGUUGAUAAAUUAGCAAACACCGGAAGUGUUGAAACUGUUGAAUAAAAAAGUUAACAAUUUGAUCUCCGCAUGUAUGCGCAAAUGCAUUCAAGUUUAUACAAGCAACGACAUGUAGCGACCUGCAACGGUGUGUGCUAUUGGCAUUUAUUUACCUUUGUUGACAUAGGUCAAUAACUUAUUGCGUUGAGUAGCUAUUGAAAAGCGUAAAAGAAAAUUAAGUGCAUACGAAAAAUACGAAGAAAAAUAAGAAAUUAAUUAUUUGUGCUAUUGAAACGAACAACAAAACUAUCAAUACAAUCAACAAUAGAAAAGGCACAUCAGAACAAGCAAGAUAAGCAUAACAGUGCAGUGCAACAACAACAACAACAAAUUGUUACCGGGCAUUUCUAACUAGUAUCUAGUAGUAGUAUGCAGAGGAGGUGAAAAGUGAAGUCAGCGCAUACGAAAAGUGGCAUCAACAGCGAACACAACGAGUUGUUUACACGCACACCUUUGCACAUAUUCUUCUACUUCCACUUUGUUCGCAUUCUUGAAUUCAGUUGUUGGCAGUUGCUACCAAGUCGUAUGUGCGGACUUGGUGUGACUGUGUGCCGGCAGAAAGCAGGUUUUCGUGUAUAGUGGAGGGCAAGAAAAUAUGUAAAAAUGUGUUUUUGUUAGUGUAAAAACUGCAACAUAAUAAUUAACCGGUAGUGUUUUACCGCAAUACUGUGCUUGCAAAGUUGUUCAACGACUUUGCUGAAGUUCUCAAGUAUUUUUUUGUGAAAUCGUGCCACCGCAACAACAAAACGAGCACGAUUCUCCAACAAAUUCAACAAAAAGAAACCACUACAAACCACAUUGCAACACUUUGUGCAACAGAAACAUUAAAUAUCAGCCAGAAAAUAAAUAUAUAAAAAGCAUUUGCCAAAAGUUCUGACUCCGACUGGGGAGCACCUACUUUUGGACACUUCAAUACGAGUGCAUAACCAGCUGCAGCCGGAAAUGCCAGCGUGCUAAGUAACUUGUGUGCAAGUCGCCAACUCUUUUGUGCUUUCUGCGUUUUGGGUGCUUUUGAGUGCACAUACUUAAUCCUUUCACAUUGUGCCGACUUUCUGUUUUCUUGGAAUUUUGAGUCAUACACCUACAAACGUCCCUAGCGUCGAUUCAUCUUAACUCGGUAAUAAAUAAACGACAUCUACGAAACGGAAGCUGCCGCAUUUGCAAUUGUAUAUUGUAUAUUCUUUUUUGCUGUUGACUUCUGCCGCCUGUGUGGAGCAGUGGAUAGCUUUUUCAGGCAGUAUAUCCACAUAGUAUUUUUCGUCCCCAACUUUUGCAUGGAAUAAUUAUGUCAUGGGAUCGUGUACGCGACGACACUUUAUGCUGUCAACAUGCUUGCUGCAAAUGAUAACAAUCAUCGAACGCCAAGUAUUCGACUUUCUCGGAUAUAUGUGGGCGCCCAUUUUGGUUAAUUUCUUUCACAUAAUAUUCAUCAUAUUGGGCUUUUAUGGAGCAUAUCACUUUAGAAUAAAAUACAUAAUAACCUAUUUAAUAUGGAGCUUCAUUUGGAUUGGUUGGAAUGCUUUUCUCAUAUGCUUUUAUUUGAAUGUAGGCAUAUUGGAUCGGGACAGCGAUCUGCUCAAUUUGGGCACCGGUAGCGUCUCCUGGUUCGAGGUGAACGGUUAUGGUUGCAAGCCAACAUAUCCAGUAAAUAUCACCUCCGACGAUCCAUUUCGUCCGAUACGUCCGGAACGUGUGGACGAUUGUUUAUUAGAUUAUACUAUAGUGGAGAUUGUACAGUCGGGUGUGCAAUGCGCUUUAGCGUUACUUGGUAUUUUAGGCGCCAUAUUAAUAAGUUACAUAUUCCUCGAUGAAGAUGACAGAUUCGAUUUCGUGAAUGGCGACGCCAAGAGUCCCCAGCACACGGUGGUCCAUCCAAUGUACGUGAGCUACAGCAGCAUACCGACUUCGGCUAGCGCUAGCGCUACAUUGCUCUCAAAUAAGCAUCACCAAACCAAUACCAAUCAUCAAGCACUUAAUAAUAACAACCACAACCACCAACUUCAAAUUCAUGCGCAACAACAACUGCAGCAGCAGCAACAACAACAAUUCAAUCAUCAACAACCAAAUAAUUUUAACAGUAACACAUUUCUAAUACACACCAAUAGCAUCAGCAACAACAGCCAUAGCCAUAGCCAUAGCCAUAAUCAUAGUCAGAAUCAGAGUCAGAGUCAGAGUCACAGCACAAGUCGCAGUCGCAGCCACAGCCGCAGCAAUAGCCAGAGUGGUGGCUAUAGCGGCGGCGGUGGUGGCGGUGGCAUCGCGUCAAAGAAAGGUCGUGGCGGUGGCGAUGGCAACAGCAACUAUCCGAACGCCAGCAAAAAUAGCACAUUAACACGCAUACUCUACAGUCCGAAGAGUAGCAAUAAGAUCGGCGCUUCGACGGGCAAUACGAUUGUGGUGGCGACUGAGCUGUUGCAGCGCCAACAGUCGUUGCCACAAACGCAUACCGCAAAUUUGCAUGGCGCGCAACAUUAUUAUGACGACAGCACCGCGAAGGCGGAUCAGCUGUAUACGAACAGUAAUCGACGACAGUUCUUGAACGGCACAACAUAUCAGCAACAGCAACAAGUUGGCACACCGAACUCCUCGACGCACGACAAUACGACCUCGUCGCUGUCGUACGCCUCGCUGCAGAAUUCCAAUUUGAAUUUGACACAAAGCUUGCGCGGCGGCGGCGGCUCCGGACCGGGUGUUGGAUUCGGCUACACAGGCGGUGGCACCGGCGGAGGUAGUGUGGGGGGUAGUCGUAGUGGUGGCGGUGGUGUUGGACACAUGGGUGGCGGUGGCAUGAGUAUGGGCGGCGGUGGCAGUGUGGGUGGUUAUGGGCGUGUCGUCGGCGGUGUAAUGACAACCGCUUCCUCGCAAGCCACGCUUAGUCCGCUUAGCAAUAGUCAGUUUAGUCUCAGCAAUAGUCUGAAUAAUAACUAUAGUAAUCAUAGUGGCAACAACAACAACAUGAACAACAACAAUAACAUUGUCCUAAGUAACCCGACUAACUAUAUGACCAACAAUAAUAAUAAUAACGGUAGCAUGGGCAGCGGCAUUGGUGGCGGUCAUUUUGCGCGCAUACAUGCCAAACCCAAACCACCUAAGUCCACCAGUUAUAGCAGUUUCAUAAAUAAUGGCAGCGGUCCUGCCAGUCUCAACGGUAGUAGCGUCGGUACCGGCGGUUCCAUGACUAACGUACACCGUCCCGAUAUCAAGUAUACACAAAUGUCCAACGAGCGUUUGUCGCGCAAUCUCGAGGAGGGGCUUGAAGAUGACAACUUCUCGCUGCAGAAUUUCAAAACCGAUGAUGGUGUCACAUAUGUGCCCUUCCAGAAGCCAACGCCGGGCGCCGCGCUCUUUGUAGGUCAAAAUAAUAAUCCUUCAUAUGUUUCGUUGAACUCAUACGCCGGUGCACAGCUGUCACCUAACAAUAACAAUAACAACAAUGCUAGUCCAAAUGCAAUCAACAAUAAUGCGUUGCCGCAGUUUGCGCGCAGCAUUUCACAAAUGGCGCCACCGCCGCCGCUGCCAGAGCACAGUUUCGGUGGGGGAGGUGAGAUACUUUUAGAGCGCGGCGCGGUGCUGCAACCUGCCUACAACUAUCAGCAGCCGCAACAAACACAACAAGUGAUGAUGCACUCACCGGGUCCACCACAACUACAACUACAGCAACCUGUGCAGGGUGUGUCGGUAGCGCAGUCGCAGCAUUCGCCACAGCCAUUACUGAAUCCUGCCAAUCGUUUUCUCUACCAACAGAACGGCCUACCAUUCCAUCCAGCCUACAAUAAGCCCAUACCAGUGCCGCCACCGGUACCCACGCACUCGUCGCCGCCCAUGUCUGCGCCAUAUCAGUCCCAUUUAAUGAGUCCCGUCGCCAAGCAGCCGCCACGACCGACCAACAUUCCAUUACCCACCAUACCGGCACAUUCAUUCGAUUCGCCCAUUUCACCCUCAGAGGUUACACCUCCACCACCUCCUGCGCCACGUCCACACAUUUUCCAACCACGUUCUGGCCAUGCGCCCUAUCCGGAUCUCUCACCGGAGGUGACCGAAAAAUAUGCCAUGCCCACGCAAUAUGUACCGCGCUCGCCGGUCGCUUCGCGUAUUGCGCGCCGUCAGCGUCAACAACAACAGCAACAGUCGCAUAAUCACCACCACCACCAACAGGCCGCACAGCCGGCGACGCAUCACAUGAAUACAUCGGCGAAUUUUUGCGAUCAAGUGCGUGAUGCGCCGCCCGGCUACAUAGUGGACGCAGGCUUCAGCAUAGUGCGCGCCAAGAGUUAUGAUCGUUUGGCCUCUGCGUCGUCAAACGCGGGUUCGAUGCGCCGUGAGACCAAAGCUGCUGCUGAUGCGUCACAGUCACAGCAGCAGCAGGCGCAAGUUAAUGCCGAAGCUGCGCCGCAUGUGAAUCGACGUAGUGGUCGGCGUGAUGCCGCCGGUCGUGUGCGUCCACGUUCCUAUUGUAAUUCCAUGUCGGGUGGUGAGGGCGUAAUACGCGGUAGCUUAGUCUACGAGCGUGACUUCGCGGUACAGAGUGGUGUUGUUGGCAAUAAUGGCGUUGAUGGCGGCGGCGUCGGUAUUAACGGUGGUAGUGGCGUAGUUGAUGGCGGUGGAAAUAUUGGCGGUGAUCAGUUGGCAUAGGCAGAGGCUGGGAAAGUGAGUAGUACAGUGUUGGAGACACAAAAGGUACGGAGUCUUAACGAUCGUACGCGUUAUUGAGGUUGAAUAGAGUAGCUUUAUUAGACAGGGUCCUUGAAAAGAAUUGUAGUCUUCAAUAAGUAUCUGAGAAGGUAUGUUGAGUUUGAGACAAUUUCUGAAACUAAUGAUGAGAUGAACUCAAUAUUACUGAGAUGAUAUGUAGAAGGCUAUCGACAAUUUGAGUCCACUUAGAUUUAGCUAAGCAAGACUAAAGUUGGUAAAAUAGGAGAUUAAAACUUGAAAUAAAAUUUUUGAAAAGACACGAGAAGCAUCAACAUUUUUGCUAUAGAUGAGUACUUUGUAUGAAAUUAUAGUAAAUCUUUAGAUAUAGUAAAAGGCCUUGAGCCGUAACUCGCUGUAGAGAUUACUACGAUGACUAAAUUAAUUAAACCCAGACUUUAAGAAAACGACUAGGUAAAGAGAGCAGAGCUUUUUAAAUAUAGCAAAGUAAGAUUAAUGUUUGUUCUGAACUAUUUCCCUGACACUUUUCACUUUCCAAAACCGUUUCGUAUUGCACUUACUGCCUCUCCAAAGUCACUGAGAACUGCCACUAUUUCUGAGAACCCCUCACAACUUUCUAAAGCUUUCAUUUAAUUUUGAUAUUUUUGUACUCUCAUUGCAAAGCUUUCAUCUUCCUUUUCGACUUCAUUGCUUUUUCUUCUCUCUCACUCUCUCUCUCACUCUCUCUCUUACUCUCAUCCCUCUCAUACAUUCGAUUUCGUUCUCAAUUCCAUUUCAUAUCAUUAAAUUAUAAUUUGCAUUCUUUUUUACUUUUAUUUAAAGCAAAUUGAUUUCCAUUUUCUAGACUGGUAGACUACGAUUGCUGAGUUGAUUUAUUGCUCUCAUAUGCGACACAUUAAUGGUUAAAUGGUUGUUAAAGCUUCUAUCAAAAACACACACUCUCUCUAAGCUGCUCCGCGCGCUUUCUCACACAUAAACUCAGCGUGCGCUCUCUCGCACACUCACUCUCAAAUGAAAAGCUACUAAGCCAGCCUGCGUUCGCAUCGCUCUCGCUCUCUCUAGCUGCGCCAUUGUUGUUGCGCGCAAAUUGUGCGUAUACUUGUAUACAGUAAUGUUGCAUGUGCUGAUGUUGCUGUUGCUACUAAAACGAUGUUGCUGCAACAUAUUGCUAAGUGCGAAGUAAACGCAAUGCCAAGCGGCUAUCAAGAAGAAAACAUGUAUGUAAAUGCCAUGCAAAUUUUGUAAUGCAGUUGAAAAAUGUUAAAGAAACCGUUAGCUAAUGGCAUGACAAUGUUUGCAAAAAAAUAUUAAAAAUUUAAAAAUAAAAACAAAAACAACAAAAAGUAACUUCAUGUUUGUGUACUAAAAAUGUGUUUAUAAGCAAAGAAAAAAAUGUUUAAAAAUAUUUGGUGUUGUUUGUUUGUGUAAUAAGAAUUAAUUUGUUAACCUAAACACACACACACACACGUACACAUUUAUAGAUAUAUAUAUAUAUAUAUAUAUAUGUACUCUAACUGUAUUGUAAAUUGACAUUGUAAAUUAUUUUUAUGUUAUUUAACGAACACACACAUUUACUUAUUUACUUUUUGUAUGUAUUACAUAUAUAUCUCAGUAUGUACAUAAUAUAUAUAUAGACUUCAUAUAUAUAUCUACAUUGUAUGUACCAUAACUUUAGUUCUUGCAAUAAUACUGAAAUGGGUAUUUGAUUUGUUUCUAACGGACUUAAAGCAAUAAUUUAUAUUUAUAUAUGUAUGUAUGUAACUGUUUGAAAACGCUCACAAACGCCCGAGCCACAAAUACGAUUAGCUAAGCUUAGCUUUAAUGUCAAAUUUAAGUUUUUAAGCGCCAACGACGGCGCUAGCAACAUGUUUACAGUGUACGAAAGGUUGCUAGCAUUGAUAAUAAAUGUUGACAGUGUUAGCAACAUGUAUACAUUGUAAAAAAAUGUUGCUAGCGCUGAUAAUGAGAAAGAUAUGAUAUAUUAGAGUAUAGCAAGAGAGGAGAGAGAGUGGUUAUGAAUAACAAAAAUAUUUUAGUAAGAGAAAUAUAUUUGAUAAAGGCAAGUGCAUUAAGGAUUUUGGAUAGAUAAACGAUCAGGAUGAAUUUGAGAUCAACAUUGAGAUCUUAUGAAUACUGAAACAGUACGGAGUAAGAUUUUUAACGUGAGAGUGAGAGGGAUUAAUAAAAAAAUAUUUUAGAGAGUAAGUAAAGAGAUGAGAUGAGUAAAAAAUACAGAGAGGUAGUACUGCUUUCGUAAAAUGAAGGAACAGCAGCAGAGUUCCGUAUUAAAAACAGUAAAUAUAAAGACAUAGAUAAUAACAAGAUUUUGACGAAAGAUACAGUUCGUGAUAUAGAUGCAUUGAGUGGUACAGAAAGAGAAACUAACACAGUUAAGGACAUGUGGAUAAUUUAAGGUACAUUAAUAGAUACAAAAAAAUGGCUGCACAGAAGAGUGUACCGUUUCAGAGAACCAAUCUAAGAGAGCUAAAGCACCAGAUAACGGUAUUUAAAGACCUAUA